AUGAACGUAAAUCUUUACGUAUUUCUCUUUGCGAUCUCUUUCAUCACCAUCAAUUGUUUUCCCUGUCCGCCCGAAUGUAUAUGCAAGCCAAGUGAUACGACUGCAGAUGAUUUCACACGAAUGAUUUAUACGAUCAAUUGUACACGUAUUCAACUGCAGAAUAAUCAAUUAAUUUUUCGUGCGCAAUCAUGGUCGAUCGUGGAAGAUAAAAUCGAAGACGACGAUACGAUCAGCGAUUAUACAAUCUCAAUUGAUCUCUCGAAUUCUCUAUCGUUAAAUUACUUCGAUAAUACAACAAUUCAAUUAACUGGUUUUUCCUUUUCCAUGCAAAGUCUUUCGCUGACAAAUCAAUCGAAACAAUUCGAAUUGAAACCUGACGCUUUCAAUUCGCCACAAUAUCAAAACUUGCGAAUGCUCAAUUUAUCAUCAUGUUGUCAACGUAUACCACCGAACUGUCCGCAGCUCUUUCGUACUCUUAACAAACUUGAAGUACUUGACUUAAGUGGAACAGAUAUGUAUAAAACAUGCCUUGACACACCAGGCGGAAUCUCUUCGUCGUUGCGCGACUUAAUUUUACGUAAUAAUCAUUACGAUGCAACGACUUUCUCGCAUACAAGUCCGUAUUUUGCCGGUGUACGAAAUCUCAUCGGUAAACUUGAUUUACAAGGCUCUCGUUUCAAUAUGAGCACACAGUUAAAGGGAAAUUGUUUAUUUGAUCUCUUUCCAAACGUAACUAAAUUGGAUUUAUCUUCUACAGAAUUCGUUUCGACAUCGAAUGACAUUGAUAUUCAUUUAAAACAUUUACUUUAUUGUAAAAUGAACGUUGACAAAGAUUUUAACGGCAAACAACUGAGAGAAUUGGAAUUACGGCAGUUGAAUUUGGAGCAUCUUCCUGAUUGGUUUACUAACGAUCGAUUUCCAGUAUUAACUCGGCUCGAUUUAUCGAACAAUCGAAUAUUAACUGUUGAUUUACGAAGUUUAUCGCAACUAGUACAUGUGUCCUUAGCUUUCAACCCAAUUGAGUUCGAGAAAAUCAACUGGCGAUCGAAUCCCACCUAUGAAUCGAUUAAUUUACGUUCAACAAAACGGAAUCUUACGAAUGAUCUGUCAACGGAUCUAGAAAAUUUGUUUCAACUAUCAACCAACGUUGAUUACAGUGAUAAUGCGGCAAACGUUCCUUGCAAUCUGACGAAAUUUUCUAUCGGCAUCGAUUUUUCUGCUGAUGUCUCGUUGAAUUUAUCUCGAAUGAAUCUUUAUUCGUUUGACAUUCAAGAUAUAUCAAGAUUCGAUGAUUUGAAUCGUUUCGACAUUAGUUCGAAUUACUUAGUUGAACUCAAUUUAGGAAAACAAUCGAAAUUGACUUAUCUGGACUGUUCGAAUCAAUAUCUACGAAUCUUGAACUUAAACAGCGAAAACACGAACUUACUGGAGUUAAAAUGUUCGAACAAUUCGUUGCAAACUCUCGAGAAUAUUCUCUUCAUCCAAAGUGAAAAUCUUCGCCUAAUCGAUUUAUCCUUUAAUCAAAUUCAAAUCAUCUCGCCGGUAUUCACAAGUCGAUAUUUACAUACAAUCAAUCUUCAAUCAAAUCUCAUCGAGAGACUACCGAGAAAACUCUUCCAUGAAAAAUUGCUGAAUCUCUAUUCAAUUAAUCUAUCAUGGAACAAGAUCAACGUCAUCGAAAGUCAAGCAUUUCAAUCGCCGAAUCUGCAAAUCUUAGAUUUAACUGGAAAUCCACUGAAAACGAUCGAAACUAAUUUCUUGUUCACAUCGUCAUUGCGUUUGUUCUUCAUUACGAAUGAUACACAAGGUUUUAUUCAUCGUUGUGCACAAACGCAAGCGAACGAUCUUCUUCUAUCGAGUUAUUUAACAUGGAUCGAACAAAAUGGCACUUAUAUGCAAAAUCUACAGCGAAUUCCAAUUGAAAAAUGCCUUCGUCCUUACAUGUCACGAAGUAAAACCAAGUGGAUGAAGUUCAAAGAUGAUUAUCAUAUUAAACACUUCUCCUUCUACGUAACCUUAUUUGCUAUAAGCAUUGGUCUCGUUCUUGGAGCAGUUUAUCUCUAUCGAAAGAAGCGAUUGCCAUUCUUUCGACCUUUCAAACAAUAUCGAUUAUUAGAUCGACGUAAUACCAACGAUUUCGAGCAAUAUCAACGUGAAGACGAGGAGAUCAUCAUGAAUCUUGAUGAAUCACCAUUUCAUGUAUCGAACCGAGUUGUUACUUAA